GAAUGAAAGUAUUGAUGAGAAAGUUACUCAUCCUCAUUAAUUACACAACUGCCUAAGUGUGUAAAAUUAUUAAAAUAAAUCUCCGUGAUUUCUCUCUCACGUCUGUGUCUGGAAAGGUCUAAACAUUCAACGAAUUUGUUUUUACUAAAAUUAAAAAACUGACGUAUUUCAUCGUUAACCAGUAGAUUUUCAGUUAAGGCUGUAGUUUUACUGUUGUCCACCAGAGCGGCGCACGUCCCUCAUCUCAACAUUGGGGAGUGAAGUAGAAGAAGAGAAGUGGCGUAAUGGAGGCAAAACCAAACCAAGUCACUCGUUACACAUGAAGAUAAUGAAGUUUUCGGACUGAAUUCGUUUCAAAUGUCCAGCGGUUUCGACGUAAAGUCAGAUGGAGGAUCAACGAACCGCCGCGCUGAACGCUGUUCCACCGUGUGGACACGUUUUGUCCAGCGAGAAGUGGAGAAACUCUUCCCUCGUCCAGAGCCUCCGAGGUGGAGGAGUGAAUGUCCUGUUUGAGAGUGAGCUGGGUGUAGCAGAUUUCCAUCUUCCCAACAGGAGCUGCGCCCUCUACGUGUCAGAGUGUGACAUUGUGGCUGGGAACAGCUACAAGAGGAAACUGGUUCGCUACAGAAAUGCCGGCAGCAGCUUCCAGGAGCUGGUGGUGGUGGAGAACACCAGGCUGAGUCAGCAGUAUUUCUCUGCUGUGCAGAAGUUCGUGGUGUUGGAGCUGGGCCUGACCGUGCUGCCGGUCAGUGGACAGACGGAGGCGGCGCAGCUCAUCGCACAGAUCGUCCACAGCAGCAGCAGAGAGAACCCCUUCAGAAGGACCGUAUCCCCUCGGAUCCUGGACCCGUUGGUCCUGGCUGUGGUCCAGAAGGUUCCUGGUGUGGGCGGGGUCAAGGCUCUGGCUCUGCUACAGAAGUUCUCCAGCCUGCAGCAGCUUAGUAACGCCACCAGCAGCGAGCUGGAGCCUGUGGUUGGUCGGGCCGCUGCUCAGCACAUCCACAGCUUCUUCAACAGGUCCACGGGGCAGUGACCCACGGGGCAGUGACCCACGGGGCAGUGACCCACGGGGCAGUGACCCACGGGGCAGUGACCCACGGGGCAGUGACCCACAGGUCCACUUCUAGAUGAGUUCGCCUUCAGAAAUGAUGAUGUUCUCUCCUUUCUUCAGAUGAACCUCAGUGACACAUAAUGACCACAGGAGGCAGCAGUGGACCAGCAGCUCGUGUCAUGUGAUCAGUCCAGGAGGAAGUGGAAACUUUUUCUCUGUUGUGACAAAAAAAAAAGGCAACCGUUGUGUUUGGACUUUAGCCACAAAAACAUGUCAAAGUCGAACCAGUUCCAGUUCCAGCUCUGAUCUGUGUGUUUGUUCCACUGCUGGGAUGGAUGUUCUGACCAUUAACGAUCCUUCAUUAAAUAUUAAUGAGCUGGAGGUUGGUGCACCCCCCCCCCCUCCCUCCAUCAGCUCCAGUGGAUGUUAACGGUCUGUAGGACUGGAGACUGGAGGUCCAGAGGAAUUUCCACCUGGGUUGUCGGUUCAACGUCUGGUCAAAGAUUCACCGUCACAUUGUGAAAAUGUUUUUUCCCUCUUCUUUUUCAUAAUGUCAGAUUUUCAAGCUGUUUUUUUUUUUUAAAUUAAAGUUAAAGACAGUGUGUGUGUGUGUGUGUGGCGGCGAUCACUGUUCAUUAAAAAGUC